AUGUACUCAACCUUAUCAACAUCAAAAAGAAAUAAAAUGAUACAUUACGCAAUAUAUGAUUGUUUUUCAGCAACAUGUUUAAUUCGACUUGUUACAUUAUAUUGGACAUUUCAACAUGUAACAAAAAUUAAUAUUCUUGAUUCAUUUCAGGCAUUACCACCAUCAUCACGAGCUAAUAACAACUCAGCAAAUACAAAUAUUAAUCAACGAAUAAUUGAGAAUAUUAAUGAUGAUAUUGAAUUAAUCUCCGAUGAUGAUGAUGAAAUAACAGUUAAUUAA